AUGCUCCAAAAUUAUUGAACUUGCCUUUACUUGCUUGAAACCUGCAGUAUCAAGAAAAAGCCGACACCACCCGUUCUACUAUCGAAAACAUUAAAACCAUUAAAUACGCGAUUCCAGAAAAGUGUAAAAACAAACAAACAAAUAUGCUAUGACUCUGGGGUUAGAUGGUUAUGUUUGAAGAUUCAGAUCUAUUCCAUGUCGAGGCGGAAUUUAAAUGAAUCUCCUUUGACCCGUAACAAAACGAGACUUCACGUCUAAAACCGCAAUGUGGCAGACACAGAACGUGAAGGUGAGCGGCGUGGAUGACAUGGUGCUGCUCACCAAGAUCCAUGAGGAUGUCGUCAGGGACAACCUGAGGAAGAGAUACAUGGAGGACCACAUCUUUACCUACAUAGGCUCCGUGCUGAUAUCAGUCAAUCCUUUCAAACAGCUGCCGUACUUCACUGACCAUGAGGUGGAGCUGUACCAGGGGGCGGCUCAGUAUGAGAACCCUCCCCACAUCUACGCCCUUGCAGACAACAUGUACCGCAACAUGAUGAUCGACGUGGAGAACCAGUGUGUCAUCAUCAGUGGCGAGAGUGGAGCAGGAAAGACCGUGUCAGCCAAGUGCGUCAUGAGCUACAUCUCCAAGGUUUCCGGGGGAGGACCAAAAGUACAGCAAGUAAAAGAUACGAUCCUGCAGUCAAACCCCUUGUUGGAGGCAUUUGGAAAUGCUAAGACAGUCCGCAACAACAACUCCAGUCGCUUUGGGAAGUAUUUUGAGAUCCAGUUCAGUCGAGCAGGAGAACCCGAUGGUGGAAAGAUUUCUAACUUUCUGCUGGAAAAAUCCAGAGUUGUAUCGCAGAACCAAGGAGAGAGAAACUUCCACAUAUAUUACCAGCUGUUGGAGGGAGCAAGCAAGGAGCAGAGAGAGUACCUGGGAGUCACCAGCCCUGAUUACUACUUUUACCUCAGCCAGUCUGGGACCUACACAGUGGAUGAUGUCAAUGACAAGAAGGAGUUCUUAAACACAAUGGAUGCCAUGUCUGUGGUGGGGCUUUCCGAAGACGAGCAGAGCGCCGUCCUGCAGAUCGUGGCUGGCAUCCUGCACCUGGGCAACAUCGCUUUCCGAGAGGAAGCCAACUGCGCUGUAGCGGACAGCGAGGACUUCUUGGCGUUCCCGGCCUACCUGUUGGGUAUCUCCCAGAGCGGCCUAAAGGAGAAGCUGACCAGCCGCACCAUGGACAGCAAGUGGGGCGGCAAGCUUGAGAGCAUCCUGGUGACCCUCAACGCGGAGCAGGCCGCCUUCACGCGGGACGCUCUCUCCAAGGCCCUGCACGCCCGCCUCUUCGACUACCUCGUGGACGCCAUUAACAGAGCUAUACAGAAGGAUUACGAGGAGCUCAAUAUUGGUGUGCUGGACAUCUACGGCUUUGAAAUCUUCCAGAAAAAUGGCUUCGAGCAGUUCUGCAUCAACUUUGUCAAUGAGAAGCUUCAGCAGAUCUUCAUCGAGCUGACGCUGAAAGCUGAACAGGAGGAGUAUAUCCAAGAGGGCAUCAAGUGGACCGCCAUUGAGUACUUCAACAACAAAGUGGUGUGUGACCUCAUUGAGUCCAAAGUGAACCCCCCCGGAAUCAUGAGCAUUCUGGAUGACGUUUGUGCCACCACACACGCCAAGGGCGAGGGGUCUGACCAGAUGCUGCUGCAGAAGCUGCAGAUCCAGAUCGGCGCCCAUGACCACUUCAACAGCUGGAGCAAGGGCUUCGUGCUGCACCACUAUGCUGGCAAGGUGCUUUACGACGCCAGCGGCUUCUGCGAGAGGAACAGGGAUGUGCUGUUCAGCGACAUCAUCGAGCUGAUGCAGAGCAGUGAAUUUUCCUUCAUCAGAGACCUGUUUCCUGAGAACCUGGUUGUUGAGAAGAAGGGCCGGCCCUCCACCGCCAGCAACAAGAUCAAAAAACAAGCCAACCACCUGGUGCAGAAGCUGAUGAGAUGCUGCCCCCACUAUGUGCGCUGCAUCAAGCCCAACGAGACCAAGCGGCCGCGCGACUGGGAGGAAGCCCGGGUCCACCACCAAGUGGAGUACCUGGGUCUCUGCGAGAACAUCCGCGUGCGCCGGGCCGGAUAUGCCUACCGCCGGACGUUUGGGAAGUUCCUGCUAAGGUAUGCUAUUCUGACGAAGGACACCUGGCCUAAAUGGCACGGGGAACAAAGGAAGGGGGUUCUACACGUACUGCGCUCCGUCAACAUGGAGCAGGACCAGUACCAGUUGGGCCAGAGCAAGGUGUUCAUCAAGGCGCCUGAAUCAUUGUUCUUGCUGGAGGAGAUGAGGGAAAGGAGAUACGAUGGCUAUGCUCGGGUCAUCCAGAAAGCUUGGCGCAAGCACAACGCUGUCCGCAAAUGUGUCCGUCUGAGGAACGAAGCCUCGGACAUCCUACUGAACAAGAAGGAGAGGCGACGGAAUAGCAUCAACCGCAACUUUGCCGGCGACUACAUCGGCACCGACUGCCAGCCCGAGAUCCGGCAAUUUGUGGGACGCAGUGAGAGGGUCGAUUUCGCCGAUGUGGUGGUCAAGUAUGACCGAAGGUUCAGGUCAGUGAAGCGUGACCUCAUCUUGACCCAAAAAUUCCUUUACCUGAUUGGACGAGAGAAGCUGAAGCAGGGUCCAGAGAAGGGCCAGAUCCGGGAGGUUCUGAAGCGGAGGAUUCAAGUGGAGAAGGUCCAGUCCAUUGCCCUCAGCACUCUCCAGGAUGACUUCUUCAUCUUGCACGAGGACGAAUACGACAGCGUGCUGCAGUGCAUCUUCAAGACGGAGUUCCUGGGCCUCUUGUGUAAGCGCUAUGAGGAGAGGACCCACAGGAAGCUGCCACUGAUGUUCCACAACCAGCUUGAAUUUAAGGUGAAAAAAUCUGGCUGGGGUCCGUUUGCGGGGGUUGGUAUAAGACAGAUCCAGUUCAAAGUGGGCCAGGGGGACCAAGCUGUCCUGAAAACAAGCAGCAAGCUCCUCACUGUCACUAUUGGACCAGGACUUCCCAAGAACUCCAGGCCCACCCGCCUGGACAACAGGAAGAGCCUCCAUUUCGGAAUCCAGGCACCAGGCAUCGGCUGCCUGUCACAAGGAGCCCCCAGGGGUCGGUCGGUACCUCAGCAAGGCCCCAAGUCCUCGGCCAGGAGAUCCCUGCUAUGCCAGCAGAGCAGCAUGGAUCAGCCCAGUCUACCCAAGCACCGUGGGCCACGUCCAGGCAAGUCCCAGAGCCAGGCGCAAGCAGACAUGGACUUCCUGAGCGUCCCUGAGCAAGGGUUUGCUGGCCGGUGCCGACGAUCCACGGUGCAGAAGCCUGUGGCUGGGGUGACACCGGCCAAGUCGACACCAAAGGCCAAGCCGCCAGCCCCGCGCUGCCGGGCCCUGUGGGCCUAUGAGGCCCAGGAUGCGGACGAGCUCAGCUUCAGUGUGGCCGACGUCAUUGACCUCCUUGCUGAAGAUCCCUCUGGCUGGUGGUUUGGCCAUCUAAAGGGCAAAGAAGGCUUGUUUCCUGGGAACUAUGUGGCAAAGAUAUAGAGCCAGAGGUGUGGCAGAUGCUUGUGAUGUUUUCACAGUGGCUCUCAGUGGCUGAAUGUGUCGCUGUGAGGUGGCGAUAAGGCCGUUGAUCCGUACCAGCAGAUCCUGAUUUAUUUUUUUGUGAAAAAAUUAUGCCACUGGAGUGUAAUUGUGAUUUUUGUAUUUUGAACUUUUCUAACUAUUGUUAAACUUUUAAAAUAAAAACAAUCAGCAAAAAGCUA